AUGCGUGAGCCGCUUCCCAAAUUACGGCUGGUGAUUAAUUUUCUAUUGAUGCUGGAAGUGUUAUUGGGCAUAGCAAUUAUAUUAGUGGCAGCUUUCUAUCAAUGUAUAUUGGGUUCAUUUAUGGUGCAGGUGGAUCGGAAAAUGUUAGCAGCAAAGUUUUUCAAUACGUACUUGUUGGGCUUUCAGCUAAUAGCUUCGUAUAUGUGCAGUGUAUCAAUGUGGCGCCGCGUGUGGAAACGGCGCUACUCACAAACAAUUGAGAUAUUGCUGAGCGUUUGGUUGUUCUUUUGUUUUUUAAUUGUUUUAUGUGGAAUGGGAACGGUUUGGUCAUUAGUGAAUAGCUCGGAUGCUUUGGAAAACACUGCCGAAAUAAUGUUAUUCUAUGGUAUUGAUUUAUAUUAUAUGAUGCCCGAAUGGAAAUUGUUGUGGGAUCAAUUGCAAUACUCGCAGGAAUGCUGUGGAGUUCAUGGUUAUGAAGAUUGGGGGCAUGCAAAUUGGAUGCCUAAAGAGUAUUCUUCACUGGGGCAGAGAAGUAAUGAAGGGCAAACGUUGGCUCCCUAUGCAUGCUGCAAACAUGAAAGCACUACCUGUUAUCAAAAUUAUAUGCCACGUAGUGAGAACUCACCCAUACCUCAUUUGAAUUUAACGGACAUUAAUGUUGGCGGAUGCUUGGCAGUAUUUUCCUCUUAUAUGUACCUUAUGCUAAACAUACUCUUGGUUCUUAUGCUGAUUGCUAUUGCUGUGGAUGUACUGAUCUGCUGUUUUACAAAGUAUUUAAUGUUUGUAAGCGCUAAAGACUGUCAUUUAGAAAAUAAGGAUCCUUAUUACGACGACGCAGGCAACGCCUUAGUUAUAGUGCGAUGUCCACCCAAUGUUAAGUGCAUAACAAUGGAAGAGCAAGCAUACCGCUUUACCAGUGACGAAUAUAAUACAUUUGUCGAUUUAGAUGUGAAUAAUUGCUGCUGCGAGAAUCCUUCUACUACAACUGUAGCUGGCGAAAAUGCUCGGAAUUCACGCAAGCAGGGGAACUUAAUUUUGCAUUAG